AUGGCUACGGGAUCGCGUGGGGAUCCUGGAGAAAUUGGACUUAAGGGCAUCUCUGGGUUGUCAGGACCCCAGGGACAUAGGGGGCCCAUAGGUCAGCCAGGACCAAUUGGUAACCCUGGUUCUCCUGGACUUCAGGGCCCACCAGGAACUACAGGUCCCCAAGGAUCCAGAGGAGGUCCAGGACAGAAGGGAAAGAAGGGUCAACAAGGAGACUCCGGAGUUAAAGGAGCCAUUGGAUCAGUGGGCCCUAGAGGACCCCCGGGACGGGAUGGUAGUCGUGGCGACGGACCUCCUGGACCAAAAGGACCAAAGGGUGGGACAGGUUUUCCAGGUUUUCCAGGGCUACAAGGAGAGAAUGGGAUAAAGGGUAGCGGUGGAGGUCCUGGAACCAAUGGAACCAAGGGACGUGGGGGCAAUGCUGGCAACAGUGGUCCCCAAGGUGACCCCGGAACUCCAGGACUAUCUGGGCACAGGGGCUCCAGAGGAUUACCAGGACCCAGAGAGAUGACUGGCUGUGAACUGGUCAACUAUGUGCGAGACAACUGUGGUCACAAGGACUGCCCAGCCUACCCCACUGAGCUGGUAAUAGCCCUCGACAUGUCCGAGGACGUGACCGCUGAGGUGUUUGAAAGGAUGCGUGCCACUGUCCAUCAUUUACUGGAGGACAUCUCCAUUGCUGAGAGCAACUGCCCCAGGGGCGCGCGGGUGGCAGUUGUCUCCUUCAGCUCCAGUGUCAAGUACCUGAUUCGGUUCUCAGACUACCAACGUAAGAAGCAUCUCCUCACCGAGGUGAACAACAUUGCCCUCGAACGCACGUCCAGCCGCCGCAACAUUGGGGCGGCCAUGCGCUUCGUGGCCAGACAUGUCUUUAAACGCACGAGAAAGGGCCUGCUGAUGCGGAAGGUGGCAGUCUUCAUCACCAACGGGGCCUCUCAGGAUGUCGACGCAAUUAACACCGCUGUCCUGGAGAUUAAAGCCCACGACAUUCACCCUGCUGUCAUCUCCUUCAAGAAUGUCCCUAAUGUCUUAAAGGCUUUAGAGGCUGAUGAAACCCACAGCUUUAUAGUGAAACUGGUGGAGAGUCAUCAAGAACUGAAACCGCAGUUGAAUCCUUGUAAAAAAGAAUCAAGCUGUUCCAAUGUGAACAAAGCUCCAGCUCCUAUCCAAGUAGACCUGGAUCUGGCUGUGUUGGUGGACGGGUCACGCAAUGUACGAGCAGACCAGUAUGAGGGCAUGAAGGAGCUGCUGGGUUCAGUGAUAGAGCAGAUAGCUGUGAGCAGUCAGCCAUCCAGGUCUGAUAAGCAGGCCAGGGUUGCCCUGUAUCAGCAGGUCCCCAGCUCAUAUGCACCCACAGCAGGACAGGUUCCUGUCCAACAGGAGUUUGACUUCAUGAGGUAUAAGGACAGCGGUUUAAUAAAAAGCCACAUUUUCCAGAGUAUGCAGCAGCUUGGUGGGUCCUCUGGGUUGGGAUAUGCAGUGGAGUGGGUCAUCACAAGAAGCCUCCUGACAGCCGCAAAGCCACGGAAGAACAAAAUGGUGCUGGCCAUUGUUGGUGGGGAAACGAGCUACUGGGAUAGAGCCCAGCUUGAUUUUGCUGCCAAAUUAGCAAGAUGUCAGGGUGUGGUGCUGUUCACUCUGACUGUUGGGGACAGCUUCAACAGCACUCAAGUGGAGGAACUUGCCAGCCUACCCUUGGAUCAACAUGUGGUCCACCUGGGAGAAGUGAAACGAGGAGAGCGGGAGUACGCCAAUCGCUUCUUGCGAGUAUUCCUGAGCUUCCUUAAGAGGGGAAUCAACACAUACUCUAUCCCAUCUGAGCACUGGAUGUGUCAGCAUUUCCAGCAACAGAUAGACGAAGGGUUGACCAGUGUUCUGUUAGAGAGCAUCCCAUGGCCUACUCCCAACUAUAACCAACAAGCAACCAAAUUCCGUUUUGAUCAGACAAAGACCUUUGACAAAACAGGACAUGGAGGUAUAGAACACUCAGGCCGUGGAGACACCAGUGACUUUGACAUAUUCCAGCAGAGACAGGAUGCAACAACACUGCAGGGUAGUGAAGUCCUCUCUCAAGAUGUGUGCACCCUUAGAAAAGACGGGGGAAGGUGCCGGGAGUUCACUCUGAAGUGGUAUUACGACACAGUGCAAAAUGAAUGCCUUCAUUUCUGGUAUGGCGGUUGUGAUGGCAAUGGAAACCGCUUCAGAACCAAGGCAGACUGCAAGGCUCGCUGUAUGAGGACACAUUAAAUGCACAUUAAAAACAACCACAUUAAUAUUCAGUAUAGCCAGGUGUAGUCAACUGUCCUUGGUGGUGCAAGAUAAGUAUGUAUAGUUUGUUUUCACUGUCCCAAUUUUUUAUAUUUUAUUUUUAGUACACUGGAGAAGAUGUUAAAUUCCUUGUGCUUUUGGUUGGGGACUUCCCACUGCAGCCAAACCUCUCACUAUCCUAUGCAAGUACUCAUACCCAACAACCAAGCUUAAGUUACACAAAGGGGUGCACUUCAACUAUCAUACCAAUAAUUACCAAUACCUAACAACAACAAGAAAUAUACCUUUGUGACCAUUUCAUUGAGGUUAUCAAGUGGGCACCUUCCUUCAUCAGUGUUUUGUUGAACCUUCAGAAGGCUCAACAGUGGUCUCUGGCAUCCCAGAGCUACCACCCCUUCAUACUCACGAUGGGUUAGGACACGUCAAUAUCAGACACAGCAACAGAAUACACCUCAAGACACACCCAAGUAUUACUGAGAGACUUCCCCACAACAAGAAUGAUCGAAUGCCAGUCUAACCAGGUUCUUCAGCUAUACUUGCUUUAAGUAUGCCAUUUUCAGCCACACUUAUGCCCUGUAGAUUAAGGUGGCUUUAAAUAUGCCGUCUUCAGCUAUACUUAUUGAUGCAGGCUCUAGAAGAUCUGGCAAAGUAUGUCAAAGUAUGCCAGCAUGCCAACUUCCAGAACAUCUUGCAACAUCAGACUUCUUCACGUAAUACAGGUUAAUCCCAUUUUCUAAUUCUAUGAUGAACUGCCAUUACUUCUCUGGCACAGUUUUUUAAUUAUUAAACCUCAGAUUUAGUUUCAUCUGCAUUGUGUACUAAUGUACUGUAGACACAGUAAUUAAACAAAGGUGAGACACAUUCAACCAAUGUAGUAACUCUGAUGCAGGAUAUAGGCCUAUAGCAACACUUACUAACGGCUUUUAGUAGCAAAAAGUAUUUUAUUGGAAGAACAUAAAGUUAAUAAUGUGACAUUAUUUCAAACUGUAUUUGCUAGGCUGUUUCACUAGGCGGCUUUAAAUUACUGUCUUUUGACAAUUGUCAUAACAUACUAUAAUAUUGAUAUCCAGAAUAAUAACAACUCGAUUUAAACAAAAGAUUACAUUGGUAUCCCUAGUAUUAUUUCAAAUCUGUUGUACUUAUUAUAUCUAUUUUGGCCUAGUUACAAUAAAUCAUGUCUAAAAUCUAAGAUUCUGUAAUCUAAUCUAAUGUGGAAUAAAACAUUGUGAAAACGUAAGAUUGUUACUUGUUUAAUACUUUGGUGCUGUUCACUGGUGUUGAAUGUCAAUUGCGAAUAAAGUCAAGUAAAAAAAAAAACACUUUCCUGUUUUGUGAAUUGUAUUGAUAUGCUAAUAUGUAAAAAAAAAAAAAAACAUAUAUGUAUGUUUGUGUUAAAGAUGCAGUCUGUGAUUCAGUUUCCUAAAAGGUAUAGCUGUAACAUAGUUGCUAUAACCCUGGCCUCUCCUGCCACUGUAUACAGUAUCUUCUACAACAGCAGACACCUACUUGAACACCUUCAUCCAAGCACUUCAUCUCGUCCUACGCAAUCCAAAUGACGUCUGGGGAU